AUUCUGAUAUUAUUCUGAUCAUUAUUAUUAUUAUCUUUAUGAUCGUGCCCAUCUGAUGCAGGGCGCUGAUGCAGCCGUACCUGAGGUACCUUAGUGUUGUGCUGUACCUGGAUUCAAGGUUCAUGUAUAAUUACGAUCAUUGUGAUAGACUGAUAGUCAAUAUACCGCAAGGGAUGGGAAAUUCUAUGGGAAAUUACCUGUAAACUGGCAAAAUGAACACUUCCCCUGAUCUUCCCCCUCUAGAAGCGCCGCCCCACUGUUUACAACGAAGCCCGCGCGGCGCUAGUCCCCUUCCAGCCACCCCGUGCCUGCGUGGGCAGGUCCCAAUCUCAGUCUCUCGGGAAUUCUUUCGCUGUUGUUCCCAUCCAUCCAUCCAUCCAUCCAUCCUCCCUCCCUCCCUCUCCUCCUCCACCCAUCAUCGCUUCACCAUCGACGUCCUCACCCUUCUCCCUUCCCUUCAUUCCAUCCCAACUGUGAGAGGCUCGCCUCUCUACCACAUUCAUUUGGAACCCCUUACGACUUGUAUCCCCUUUUCGAAAAAAGUUCAGAUUCACUUUUCAACCUCUUCGAUCCACUCCAAGUUGUCUUACCCCCCGUCUACACCACGACCGCGCACUGUCAUCGAGAGAGAAGCCACAGCUGUCAGAACCGUCCGAUCGAUUGUUAAUGUAUGCUACUCAAUUCUGGAUUGCCCAUCAGGAUUCCACAGCAAGCUUCCCACGUAGAGCCGUCCUGGCUUGUGCGAACGCGGCUUCGCGGUUUUCUUGCUCGUCGCAGUGCUAACGUCCGUUUCACUCCAGCUUCCUGAUCGCGACAACCUUUUCGAGUCCCCU